GUUUGGGAAAUGGUCUUAUCAUGACCUCAUUUGUCACCCCUCCAUCCCCUCAGCAACCACAGCCCAGAGAGACAUCUGCUGCCCCUCCUGCACUUGAGUAGGGUAUUAAAUCUCCCUCCACCGCCUAGAAUAUAUAGAGGAUAUGCUCUUCUUGCUCCCUUCAUCAAACAGCACACCCCUCCCACAUAUAUAUACAUACAUACAAACAGGCUACUCACCUUAAGUUGUCAAACUCCAUAUUAUAUAUACACAUCUCACUCAUAGAGGGAGCUGAGAGAUGGAGGGUGCUUGCUUUGAAGAUGAUGAGAGACUGAUUCAAAUGGUGCAAGACUUCAUUGAAUCAGACUCGUCAUCAUCACUCUCAUCAUCUGCUAAUUCUAAUGGCUCUUUCUUCCCUUCAUCCUCCUCCGAUGAUCACGACGGCGGCCACCGCUCCAAGUACUCAGCCUUGAGGGACAUACUGGAGAGGGCAGAGACCGGAGCAGAGGCCGAGGUUCUUGCCAGUGUCAUGAAGCUCAUGAGGAGGAGGACGAGGAGGAAGGGAUUGAGCUGCAGGGACCAUGCCAGCACCAGCACCGCCCUGAAGAAGUGGCUUGUCCUCGGCCUUCAGAUGGAUGGCUACCUCGCCUCCCUGUGCCAAACCUCUUGGGUCACCUCCCUCGGCUGCCCCGGCGGCGAUUACGAGUACAUCGACGUCCUGAUUCCAGAAGGUCGGAAUGAACGAGAGCAUAGCUGCAGACUGAUUGUGGACAUCGACUUCAAGUCCCAGUUUGAGGUCGCGAGGCCAACGCGGACAUACGAGGUGCUCACGGACAUACUCCCGGCGGUGUUCGUAGGGACCGAGUCCAAACUCAACGGGGUAAUCUCAAUCCUGUGCUCCGCUGCCAAGCAGUCCCUAAGGGAUAGGGGCCUCCACGUACCGCCAUGGAGGACCGCCGUUUACAUGCAGUCCAAGUGGCUCUCGCCGGUCAGCUGCAGCCGGUCACUUCCGGGGGUGGCCACACCACCGGCCACGUACUUCGUCGAAGAUGAUAAUGAUAGCAAAGCAAUGAAGAGCAAGAUGAUGUGGGCAGGUCGUCCUCCUCUUCCUCCUAGUAAGGGUGCUGUUGGGGUGAAGGGGAAGAGGGGGGAGUUGAGGAAUGGGUCUGCUCUGUCUUCUCAGUUCUCUAACAUGAGCAUCAAUUGCUGCUAAUUAAGAGAAUUUUUACUAAAAAAAAACAGAGAGAUGUUUCUUUUUUUGGAGGGACAGAUGAAGAAGCAAAUCUGUCAAAUUUUGGCCCCUUUUGGUUAUGAAUCUUGUUAUUUGAGGUUUUAGCUUAAGUAAUGUGAGGAUCUGGAUGAUUCCUUUUUUUAUUAGGAAUAGCAAUGCCAAUUGCCAAAUAUUAUUCUUUUCA